AUGGCAGAUCCUAUCUAGCCUAGACUGCAAUGCCGCUGAUGAUGUCAACAGCUUCCCAAGUACGAGCAGACCUCAGCCAAUGCCACACGCGUCAAGCACCAGGGCGCAUUCCAUUGGAGGAUGCAAGAUUUUAUGCUGCUGAAAUUGUUCAAAUUCUGGAGUACCUUCAUUCACGUGGUGUUGUUCACAGAGAUUUGAAGCCCGAGAACUUACUUCUGACGGCGGAUGGGCACCUGAAGCUGACGGAUUUUGGCAGUGCAAAGUGUGACCGAUUGCUGCUCAAUGAACAAGAAGGCGGUGAUGAUCGGCUGGAUGAACGAGCAUCAUCAUUCGUAGGCACAGCAGAAUAUGUACCCCCAGAGAUGCUGAUUAAUGGACCAGCAACUCCCAGCGCAGAUCUGUGGGCUUUGGGUUGCGUUUUAUAUCAGCUUUUGGACGGAGUGACUCCUUUCCAUGCCGGGAGUGAGUACCUCUGCUUCCAGAAGGUUAUGUCGCGGGAUUUUGCAAUGCCAGAUCACCUCGAUCCCGCUGCUCGCAGCCUUAUUGAUUCCCUCCUGAUCGACUUCUGCGUGACGCGGCCGGGAGGGUCCCGCGCUGCCUUGUGCGGUGCGGGACCGAUGCGCUUGACACCGCGUCCUCAGUCUGUGACUGAGAUGAGAUCUUUCUUAGGGAUGACCGGCUACUAUCGCAAUUUCGUGAAGAACUAUAGCAUAGUUGCGGCCCCUUUGACUGAUCUGACCCGCCUUGACACCCCAUGGGAGUGGACUGAGAGAUGCGAGGCUGCUUUCAAACAUCUGAAGCAUGCGUCGACGCAUUACGAGGUCUUGAAACUUCCUGAUCCUGACAAGCCAUUUAUAGUAACUACGGAUGCUAGCCAAUAUGGCAUAGGCGGCGUACUUGCACAACAAGAGGGAAAAAAGUUGAAGCCAAUUGAGUACAUGUCCAAGAAAAUGUCGUCUCAGAAGUUGGCUAAGUCCACCUAUGAGAAGGAACUCUAUGCGGUUUACAAGGCUAUGACCCCUUGGAGGCACUACCUCCUUGGGAGGUUCUUCAUCCUCAGGACUGAUCAUCAGACCCUGAGAUGGAUGAGAACUCAACCGGUACUCUCUGACGCUCUCAAGCGUUGGAUCGAAGUCAUUGAGCAGUAUGACUUCGAGCCCCAGUACAUCAAGGGCGAGUACAACAAGGUUGUUGACGCCUUGUCGCGUAGACCUGAUUUCUCAGGUGCGCUGAUUAAUGAGUUCAAUCUUGCGGACAAUGUUACUCAGUCUUUGGUGGAAGCCUAUCGCGAGGAUCCGUUCAUGUCUGAGAUCAUCCGCAGACUCGAGGCGAAGGACAAAGUGACUUCUGCUGAGUUUGAGUUGGUCAAAAACUUGCUUUUCCUUGAGAAGGCCAGGAAUAAACGUUUGUGUGUUCCUAAUAGGGAGUCUUUGCGUAGUUUAUUUCUAGGAGAAUGUCAUGAUGCCACCGAACAUUUUGGCUUUAAGAAGACUGCAGCCAAUCUGUUGCAGCGGUUUUGGUGGCCCACAUUGAUGAGAGAUGCUAAGUUGUACGUGGAGGCUUGUCAAGUCUGUCAGAAGGACAAGCCAUGUACUCAGGCUCCUCUUGGGCUCCUGAAGCCCCUUCCAAUUCUGAAAAGGCCUGGUGAGAGCCUGUCCAUGGACUUCAUGGAUAUGCUGGUCACCAGCAAGAGUGGAAUGCGCUACAUCUACGUCAUUGUGGAUAGGUUUAGUAAGCUUGCUAGGUUAGUUGCAAUGUCGGCAACAGCUAAGACGGAGUAUGUGAUUAAAAUGUUUAAGGAGAAUUGGGCUAGAGAUUUUGGAUUGCCAAAGUCUAUCGUUAGCGACCGGGACGUGCGAUUUACUAGCGAAUUGUGGAAAGCAGCAGCUGCAAAGCAAGGCACGCAACUACAGAUGACAUCAGACAAUCAUCCCGAGGCAAAUGGGCAGGCUAAACAAAUGAACCGCGCUGUCACGACUAUCUGGUCUCAUGUGUAUGAUGCUGCUUGGUUUCUGCAAUCCGCUAUCGCUCAUUUUCCUUGCAAUUUGGUGUCGGAGCUGUGCCAGUCCGCUGAGGGGAGGGGUUGGAGGAGGAGGAGGAGGAGGAGGAAGAAGAAGAAGAAGAAGAAGAAGAAGAAGAAGAAGAAGAAGAAGAAGAAGAAGAAGAAAAAAAAGAAGAAAGCAGCAGAAGAAGAACAAGAAAGGAGAAGAAAGGAGAAGAAGAAAAACCAAACUAAGAGCAAGGAGGAGGAGGAGGAGGAGGAGGAGGAGGAGGUGGAUGACGGAAAAAAAAAGACAACGACGGAGGUUGAGAAGGAGGAAGAGGAGGAGGAGAGAAGGAGAAGAAUUAGUAGGUGGAGGAGGGGGAGGAGAGACGAAGAAGAGACGAGAGGAGGAAGAGGAGGAGAGAAGGACAAGACGAAAGGAGGAGGAGGAGGAGAGAAGAAGCAGAAGAUGAGAGGAGGAAAAGGAGCAAGAGGAGGAGGAGGACCUGUCGGUAGUGUAUGAGGAGGAGGAGGAGAAGGGGAAGAAAGGAGGAGAAGGAGGAGGAGGAGUGGAAGAAAGGAGGAGGAGGAGGGGGAGGAGGAGAAGAAAGGAGGAGGAGGAGGAGGGGGAGAAGAAAGGAGGAGGAGGGGGAGAAGAAAGGAGGAGGAGGCGGUGGAGGAGAGAAGAAGACAAAAGGAGGAGGAGGAGGAGGAGGAGGAGGAGGAGAGGAGAAGAAGAAUAGGAAAGGAGGAGGAGGAGGAGGAGGAGAGAAAGAGGAAGAAGAGGAAGGAAAGAGGUGGAGGAGGCUUCACGACGAUGGCAACAGCAGCUUCACGGGCAGCGACGACGAGGAGGGCUUCUCGACGAGGCAGCUCGAUGGAGACAACGAUGGGCAGCUCGACGAAGACGGGCGGGCUUCACGACCGCAGCGACGACGGGCGGGCUAGCGACGAUGGGCAGCUUCGCGACGGGAACGACGACGGGCUUCGCAACAGGGAAUACCGCGUUCGAAUUGGAACGCGGCAUCCAGGAGGGGAAAAUGUUACGGUCGGUAGAGUACAUGUCCAAAAGAUGCCCUCUCAGAAGUUGGCUAAGUCCACCUAUGAGAAGGAACUCUACGCGUUCUACAAAGCAUUGACUCACUGGAGGCAUUACCUCCUUGGUCGCUUCUUCUACGCCAGGACUAAUCAUCAGGCCCUGAGGUGGAUGAAGACUCAACUGGCACUUUUCGAUGCUUUGAAGCGUUGGAUUGAAGUCAUAGAGCAAUAUGACUUUGAGCCCCGGUACAUCAAGGGGGAGUACAAUAAGGUUGCUGAUGCACUGUCACGUAGGCCAGACUUUCUCGGUGCGCUGAUCACUGAGUUUGGGCUUGCGGACGAUGUUACUCAAUCCUUGGUGGAAGCCUAUCGAGAGGAUCCGUUCACGUUAGAGAUCAUACGCAGACUUGAGGCAAAGGAUAAAGCAAAGUUUAGUAAGUACACUAGGUUAGUUGCAAUGCCGGAAACAGCGAAAACCGAGUACGUGAUCAGAUUAUUCAAGGAAACCUGGAUCAGAGACUUCGGACUGCCAAAGUCUAUUGCUAGUGACCGGGAUGUUCGAUUCACGAGUGAGUUGUGGAAGGCUGCAGCUGCAGAACAAGGUACGCAGGUACAUAUGACCUCCAGGAACCACCCAGAGGCAAAUGGGCAAGUAGAGCAGUUGAAUCGCGUUGUACAAAGGUACUACAUCAAGCCCAAUCAGGUGGACUGGGAUGAGAAACUUGCUCUUAUCGCCAGUCUGUAUAACAACGUCGUGCACAUUUCAGCAGGGCAAGCUGUAGAACAGAUGCACAAGGCACAGGCGGCGAUGAUAGAAUCUGAGAACAAACACCACCGCCCAUCUGCAUUUCAGGUAGGGGACAAAGUCUGGGUCAAGUCCUUAGAACUGAGACAGGAGCACAGGAUCUCCCGCAAGCUCAUACCACAGUACUUUGGACCAUGGGAGACCCGUAGUGGGACGAGCACUAGCCCCUACACCCAGGAGCAACAGGAGAUGGCCGCCUUAGUGAGAGAGUACAAGGAGAGGAAGGAGCUCCUGAAGCAAGCAAAGCUGAAAGCUAUCGCAGAGGAGCAGGCGGCAAAGAUGAAGAAACUGGAGGAGGAGAUGAAGCGAGUUCAGCAGGAGGAGGAAGAAAGGAGAAAGGCUGCCGAAGAGGAAGCAACUGCAGAAGAAGAAAAAGAGAGCAAACGUAUUGAAAGUCGAGAGGAGAGUAGUGGCACAAAGAAGGAUGAAGACGCAGAGAUGGAGAAGAAGAUUAGCGAGUGGAUUGCUAAUUUAUCGUUGGGGGAGGACGAGGAGGCAGAAUUCUAUGUGCCCCAGGACGAGAGGGAUGCGUUAGCCCAGGAGCUAGCAGCAAUGGAGGACCCCCUGGAAAGACAAGAAAAAGAGGAGGAGAAGAAGUUGGAAUGGAAGUUGAGGAUGAAGAGAGAGAAGAAGAGAAGGAGGGAGGAGGUUAACAGGUUGACCGCAGAAGUGGCAAAAAUGAGGGAUUGCAGACAAGAAGUGGAGGCGCAGACAGACAUGACUGCCAAGAUGGAUAAGGUGCUGGGAUAUUUAGAGGUGUUGAGCGCGGCUUGGAUGGAGGAGUGCCAAGCUAGCUGGGGUCAAGAGGAUGCUGACCCAGACAAACGGUUAGGUGCAGGCCCAGGCGGGUACAGGGCACUAAAGACUCACCCAUUCUUCAAAGGGGUGGACUGGAAAGAGCUUCGCAAUACAGCCGCACCGAAGCCAGUCAGUUCACCGCCGAGAAUUUCCGGUGGUGGUGAAGAUAGUGAUGAAGAGGAUGAAGAUGAUUUACAUUGGGAGGUCAUUGGUUCAGGAGCAGGAGGAGAUAGCAGAAUCGUUGGGAAACCUCUGGAUUAUGGUACCUGUUUGAGACCUUCAGCAGGAGCUGAUAGCGGAGUAGGGGAGUGCCUCUCUGCCAUCAUAUGCCAUCUAAUGGUUGACAACUCUCCUCAGUGUGCUCGCAUCUUGCAUGUACAUUACAUGGCCGCCCAGCGUACAUUGUGAGCGAUCCGGACGUCUUCAGAAUGUGCUUAUGGCUGGCACUCCUGGACAUGAGGAUAGGAAGAGGGGGAGGAAGAGGGGGAGGAGGAGGAGGUGGUGGUGGUGGUGGCAGAAGCUUGGGAAAUCUCUGGAUUAUGUUACCUUUUCAAAACCUUCACCACGAGCCGAUGGAGGAGUAGGAGAGUGUCUCUCUGCCGUCAAAUACCGUCUAACGUUGGAGAAGUCCUCAGAUUGCAUUUACAUCCUGUGGCUCUGGCAAGGAGGAGGAGGAGGAGGAGGAGGAGGAGGAGGAGGUGGUGGUACAUUCUCCUGGAAAUCUUUGGACUGUCCUCGUGUUGAUGGCCUCGGGCAGGUGGCAGAGGAGACAGUCCCUCUUCCUUCAAGGCUUCAAUCAAAAGAUAUUCCGGCG